AGUAGAAUCUAUGAACGUGUGUCCUCAGAAAUUAUGUAAAUGUAUGUUAGAAUACGAAGUUAUUAUGGUCAGUUAAUUUCCUGAUUUAAUCGUAAUCACACCCAAUUGGCGCGUAGCUGUGUCGAACCGCCUGACGACGGUCUUCAAAUAUAUUCGACGUUUUAUGACGGCGACGAAUGGACGACCAGGACGUCUCGAUGGCUCAAUCGCAGGUGCUGCACGUACUGGCUCAAGCCUGUAGCCAGGACGCAGCACAGCUCAAGCUUGCCGAGCAGCAACUGAAGGCAUGGGAGAUCGAGCCCGGCUUCUACUCUACGCUGCUCUCCGUUUUCUCCAAUCACUCGAUCGACGUGAACGUUCGGUGGCUCGCAGUGAUGUACAUUAAGAACGGUGUAGACAGAUAUUGGAGAAAGUCGGCACCUAACGCCAUCCACGAAGAUGAGAAGGACCAGCUACGCCAGCAUCUCCUGACGUCCUUUAACGAACCUUUCCCACAAGUAGCGACACAGGUCUCCGUUCUGAUCGCAAAGAUCGCCCGCCUCGACUGCCCGCGUCAUUGGCCGGCGCUCGUGCCGACCCUCCUCGAGUCAGUGCGCCGUGACGACGACAGCCUGGUGCAGCAGCGCGCCCUGCUGACGCUCUACCACGUCACGAAGACGCUCGCCUCGAAGCGCCUCGGCGCCGACCGCAAGCUCUUCCAGGAGCUGACGUCCGGCAUUCUAACGUUCAUCGCGCACCUCUGGUCUCACCACCUCGACCGCUUCCUGCAGCUGCUGGCGGGCGAGGACGCGGCGGCGGCGGGGGAGGCCCUCGAGAUGAGCACGCUCGCGCUGAAGGUGCUCCGCAAGCUGCUCGUGUACGGCGUCCGCGACUUCCACACGUCGGACGACGCCGUGUGCUGCGUCACCGCCGCGUUCGAGCGCCUCCCGACGCUGCUCGAGUGUCGGCGGCGGCUGGCGGAGCGGCGCGGCGGCGGCGGGGCGGCGGCGUCGUGCGAGAAGCACGUCGGACUGCUCAUGAAGCUGCUGAUCGAGCUGCAGGAGCAGCACCCGCUCUCGUACGGACAGCUCAUCGGCGCGUCGCUGCAGUGCGUUGUCACGUACCUGUUCACGGAGGCCGGCGACGGGCUGCUGUACGAGCGAUUCACCGUGCAGUGUCUCAACGUGAUGAAAGCGAUCAUCACGUGCUCGGAGUAUCGUCCCGCGAAGGUGCUCUCGGAGACGAAGAACCAGCUGACGCUGCGCGCGCACAAGGCGAAGAUGGACUUCUUCACGGCGGACACGCUCGUCGAGAUCUGCCGCCGCCUGCUGUCGCGCUACUUCCCGCUGACGGAGACCGACCUUGCGUUGUGGCGAGACGAUCCCGAGGGGUUCGCGAUCGACGAGGGCGGGGAGGCGUGGCGCUUCAGCCUGCGGCCGUGCACCGAGGUGCUCUUCCUCGCGCUCUUCCGCGAGUUCAAGACGACGCUGACGCCCGUGCUGCUCGCGCUCGUCGACGCGAUGCGCCGGCCCGCCGACCCCGCCGACCUCGCUUUCUCGCUGCAGAAGGACGCCGUCUACACUGCCGUCGGCCUCGCGUCAUUCGAGCUCUUCGACGAGAUCGAUUUCGACGCGUGGUUCGCGACGACGCUACUGCCGGAACUGCGCAUCGCCGCUCCCGAAUACAAGAUCAUCCGCCGCCGCGUCGUGUGGUUAAUCGGUCAGUGGGUCGGCGUGAAGAUGAGCGUGGCUCAGCGUCCAGCGCUGUACGAGUGUUUGCAGCCGCUGCUAGCCGGCGACGACGACCUAGUCGUGCGCGUCACCGCGGCGACGACCCUCAAGCAGGCGAUCGACGACUUUGAGUUUGACGUCGAGCAGUUCGUUCCGUAUUUGGAGUCGAGCUUCGCGCUUCUGUUCGCGCUGCUGCGGGAUGUGCGCGAGUGCGACACGAAGAUGCACGUGCUGCACGUGCUGUCGUUCGUCAUCGAGCGCUGCGACGCGCGCGUCCGCCCCUACGCGUCGACGCUGCUCCGCUACCUGCCGCUGCUCUGGGACGCGUCGGCCGAGCACGACCUUCUGCGCUGCGCGAUCCUCACGACGCUCGUCAACCUCGUGCGCGGCCUCGGAACCAGCAGCGAGCAGCUGCACGGGUUCCUGCUGCCCGUCGUCGCGCUCGCGACGGACACGACCGCCCGCCCGCACGUCUACCUGCUCGAGGACGGGCUCGAGCUGUGGCUGGCGACGCUGCGCCACGCGCCGCGCAUCACCGCCGCGCUCAUGCAGCUCGCCGCGAACCUGCGCGCGCUCAUCGAGCUCGGCACCGAGCACCUGCGCACGUGCUUUUCGCUCGUGCAGGCGUACGCGCUCCUCGGCCCGCGCGAGUUCCUGGCGGAGCUCGCUGCGCCGGUCGCGCGCGCCUGCGACGCCCUCUACGCCGACGUGCGUCCGGAGGGCGUCGUCGCGAUCCUGCGCGUCGUCGAACUCGCGCUGCGGCUCUUCCCGCGCGACGGCGCGCGCGCGUUUGCGGCCCUCAUCCCGCGCGCGCUUGCCUCCGUCGUCGACUACGAGGACACCCCGACCGUGCUCUCGGCGUGUCUCGCCGUGAUGUCGCGCCUCGUCCUCGACGGCGGCGACGCGCUGGGGGAGGCGAUCGCCGAGGUCGCGCGCCGGCGCGCGCAGACUGCAGACGCCGCGCUGCGACGCGCGCUCGACGUGUGGACGGACCGCAUGGGGUGCGUGACGCAGCCCGAGCGACGCAAGCUGUGCGGGCUCGCGGCCGCCGCGCUGCUCGCCGCGCCCGCCGGACCCGCGCGCGAUAAAUUCGCCGACCUCGUCGCGAUCGUCGUCGAGGUUCUCAACGACGUCUGCUGCGAGGAGGGCGGCCUGCAGGUCGACGCGCUCGUGUCGCCGGCGACAACCGUCGUCGACGACGACGAUGAGCUCGACACGGAGCACGACCGGCGGAAGCGUGCGCUGUCGCGGGCCGACCCCGAGCACACGAUCUCGCUGAAGGAGUUUGCGAUGGCGCAGCUGCAGAGCUGCAGGCAGACGCACGGCGAGGAGGCGUUCGCACGCAUGAUGGCCGAGGUCGAUGCUGAGGUCACCACGCAGCUGCAGGAGUUCUUCAGGUAACCGCGGCAACGGCGCCGUGAUGGUGCAGUGGCAGGAGUUCUUCAGGUAACCGCAGCAACAGGACGCGACGGUGCAGGGACGUUGACUUCUUUGGGUAACCAUGGCAACGUCGCAACUGCCGGGUUACUUCGGGUAACCAUGGCAACAUUGAGGUGACUGUGAAGUUGCAGGAUUUCUUUCGAUAACUGCGGUUACCCUAACAUGACAGUGGACAUUGUUGUUGCACCAGUUCUCUAGGUACUCGUGAUAUUCAUCAGGUAACCAGGCAUGGCCUCUCACCUGCGAGGGUUCUCCCGGUAACCGUGGCAACGGCGAGGCAG